UGAAAAGAAAUGUCAAAACAAAAAUUUCUCGUCGUUUUUAGUUUAUCAAUCUUUUUCAUUAAUUAAUUAAAUUAUAUGAAACUAAAAGUGAAUGUACUUUACUACGCCUACGUAGAUAAUAAUGGGUGGUAAAAGUAAACAAAGUCAAAGAACCAAAAAUAAUGUCAGACCUUCGAGCAGUGGUCGCAGUGCAGACCUAUUAAGCAGUGCUGGAAAAUUCGACUCCACACUUAGUUCAUUGGGAGGGGGCAAGGUGAUGCCUCCAUUGUUCCCAACAUUAGCCAGUCUCUCCUUGGACCAGGGACUCAGUCCAGAGUUUUCUAUGUGCAUUAAGAAACUUAACAAAAAGGAUCCUAUUACUAAGACAAAGGCAUUACAAGAACUCACAGAAUUGGUGAACAAAAGCAAUGUGGAUGAAGUGGAAGCAGUGUUGCCCAGCUGGAGUCAUUUCUAUAAGACAUUAUCUGUGGAUACUGAUUGCAAAGUUCGGGAGGCAACACAGGCGUGCCACGGCGCGGUGGUGCGCGUGUGCGGACGCCGCGUGGCGCCGCACCUGCGGCAGCUGCUGCCGGCCUGGCUGCAGGCGCAGCACGACGACCACGCGCCCGCGCAGGCGCUCGCGCACCACUCGCUGCAGAACACGUUUCCCGAGAGGAAGCUGCCCGAAGUGAUCACGUUCUGUAAAUCGGAGAUCAUCGCCCACUUAGUCGAUAACCUUACGGGAAACGGCGAAGCGUUAAUCGCUCAGAGGACGUCGGAUCCGGCGGAGCGGUCGGCGGCGAGCGCGCGGCUGGCGGCCAGCAGCCUGGCGGGCGCGCGCUGGGUGGCGCAGCACGCGCCGCCGCCGCCCGCCGCCUGGUGGCACGGCCUGGGGGGCCUGCUGGCGCACGCCGCCUGGUGGCAGCUCGCCGCGCACCCGCAGCCGCCCGUCAGGGCGGCGUGGUUCGCCGCGAUGGGCAGCUUCGUGGAGCGGUUCAAGGACGAGCUGGGCGCAGCGUACGGGCGGCGCCUGCUGCGGGUGCUGCUGGCCGCCACCGACCGCAGCGCGCCCGCCGCGCCGCCGCUCUGGGACUGCCUGCUGCUGCUCAUGCACAACCUGCAGGACUGGCACACAUGGUUAGAUAAGAACGAUCUACUGACAAAAAGGAUUCUCGAUCUCUUAGAAAAUGGUGGAUGGGGGGAGGCGCGCCAACUAUCGUCGCUGCUGCCUCCAUUGCUGGCGGGCCUGCCGCCGCAACUCACGACCAAGGACUUCUAUCUGAAAUUCUUUGCAGCCAUUUACAAAGGGCUGGAGAAGAAAACGAUAUUAAAUUCUAAAACCGAGCGACAGUACUGGAUAUCAAGUCUCUCAGAUUGUAUCAGAUAUGUGUCUAUACAAAAGGAGGAGUUCGUUGUGGAAGUGGUGACAGGAGCACACAGGACAUGGCUGGAGAACGCCCUCGCCGUGCACCACGAGCCGCAGCUGCGCGCACACCUCGUCAAACACUCUGCCACCAGUAUGAGUGCUCUUCUCAAGUACUGGCUCAAGCAGUCCAAAGAGGGCAACAGUGAAACAUACGACCAGUUAAUCAGAAAUUUUUGGCAAAACAUUGGCUCUACGUUGGUAGUUCAAAUUGACAAGUUGCCAGCUGAACAAGAACAAGCAUCCCAACUCAUAGAUAGUCAUAUACUCCUUCUGCAAACUUUAAAAACAACAUUCCUUCAGGAGCCUAAAAAACAGCAUAGUAUAAAAUUUCAAGAUGAUGAACGGAGGAUAGAAGCCGAGGAGCGCACAAAUCCAACAUCCGAGAUCGACCCCAUCAUUAUUGACCGAUAUAAACACAACCUGAACGAACUGGUCGAGACGAUUUGCGUCGGCUACUUCGAGUUCGUCGACAAGAAAAAUAUCGCGGAACCCGUUCUAAUGCCCCUCACUACCCUGUUGAUGGAUUUCGACAGUGCCGAGACGUGUACUGCAAUAGCGAAGCGUCUAGGAGCGAACUCAGUUUACGAAUUUUACGAUAAAGUUCUAAAACGCUGGCUCGGAAGCGACACUAUGGGGUGUCAGUCCGUCGUAGAUAUAGUUUUUACUAUUUUAAAGUACAUGACGGAAGCUGAACAGGAUGCUACGAUGAAAUCUUUCGACUCGAUGUCGGCGGGCGUGCGCGAGCGCUGCGUGUGGGCGGCGCUGGCGCACCCGCGCUGCGCGCUGGCGGCGGCGCGGCGCUGGCUGCGCGGCCGCGCCGCCGCCGCCGCGCUGCACGCCGCCGCCGCCCGCCUGCUGCACGCCGCCGCCGCCACGCGCGGCCAGCUGCUGCUGGCGCUGGCCGCCGUCGGGCCCGCCGGAGAGAUGCUCAUAAGCAAGGACACGGCCGGGGAGAUACUGCGCAUGUUCAGCGAAGCCCUGCUGGCGGUGGAGCCGCCCGCCUGCACCGGCCGCGAGCGCGCGCAGGUGGCGCACACGGCGAGCCUGGCGGCGCAGCUGCUCACCACGCUGCCGGACGCGACCUGCCCCCACUACGACGACCUAGUGUUCAGCCUUUUCCGGCUCGAUUUACUUGUACAGGGCUCGGCGCGGCUGCCGGGCGAGUGGCGGCGCGCGGCGCGGCCGGGCUGGCGGGCCGGGCUGGCCGCGCGCCCGCCCGCCGCCGCCGCGCUGCGCCGCGCCUGCGCACUGCUGCACACCUAUCUAUUCCACAAUGUAAAUGAAUUGGACAUACCGAGAAUCGAACACGCGGCCUCGCUGUGCCCUUAUCUACAGUGUGACGGCAGCCUGGCGGAGCUCACCGCUCAGUUAUUCGACUUCCCUACCUCCCCCACCGAUACCGCCGCCGCAGCUCCGCUCGAAGUGUUCGCGUUACGGUACGACUGCAUCGUCGGCAAACUGAACUGUCCGUUUGAUGACGACAACGAACAUAUCAAGAGAGUCGUCGAUGAAUCCGCCGAAGCUGAAGUCGAAGAGUUCACGAGAGACAGCUUUAUAGCAGAUGCCACCAAGAUUCUGUUUCGUGCUAUGUACCUGCGAACAGUUUUAAUGCAUAAAAUUUCGUGCGAUAAUGACGAUGACGAUGCGCCGGAAGAGAACAGGCGCAGCACGCUGUUGGACGAUAAGUACUUGUGCACGGAGUUCACCAAAGUGCUGAGAGACUAUGCGAUCAUAGAUUCAUUGCAUGAAGGUUAUGCCUUUUGGCUACAUUAUGAGUUAAUUGAAGAAACCAAAGCAAAAUUAGAUUUUAUACUGGAAGACAUCGUUCGAGGAACGUCGAUACCUACAAGAAACAGGAUAUUAGCUGUUCUAACACAACUAGCAGCUAAGGAGGGCUAUUACUGGUCAUACGCGAGACGGUGGUACGAUGUUAAGAUGAAGGAGCUGGUCGAGCCAUCGGAGGUGGAAUCUGAGGGUCAGAGUACGACGGUUAACAUUGACGACUAUGCAGAAGUCGUCACUGGAAAUGGAUUCUAUCAUAGUCUGCAGGCGAGCUGCAGGUGGCCGGCGGAGACGGAGGAGGUGGAGACGGAGGCGGCGGAGAGCGCGCUGGAGGCGGCCUACCUGCUCAUGACGCGCAGCCUGCACGCCGCGCUCGGCGCCGCGCCGACCACGCCGCCUGCGCCGACCACGCCGCCUGCGCCGACCGACCAGCGUCACUACACCGAUCCCGGCCCCGUGAUCGACCUCUACUACGCAAACAACCACAUCAUGCUCUACGAAAGGGAUAUAUCGGAGGCACCGUGGGCGCACGUAGUGAGCAAUGCAGCUAUCACGGAGUACCUAGCGCUGCUGGUAGCGACACACGGCUGGGACAUGGCCGCCCACCACUGGGACUUCACAACUAUCACGCUCUGCUCGCUGUUCACCUCUCUCGAACUCUCCAAGCAGCGAUGGGGCUCCGUAAAGGUGGCGAUGGUGUGGCGCGGCGCGGUGCGGCUGCUGGUGCGCGUGCAGCGGUUCGUGCGCGCGCUGCCGGCCGCGUGCGCGCGCCGCCGGCCCGCCGCGCACGUGGCCGCGCUGCCCGCCGAGUGGCGGGACGUGUUCGCGCCCGCGCUCCGCGCCGCGCGCCACACCCUGCUGCUGCACGUCCUCGAGAGCCACGGGGAGAGGAUGUGGUGCGGACGCGCACGCAGCGUGUGCGCGGUGACGACGGGCGAGCGGCGCUGCGGCGACGAGCAGGCCGAGCCACAGCCGCGGCGCGACGUGCGGCGCGUGCUACGCGCGGCCGGCGGCACGUGGCGCGGCGCCGCGCACCGCGGCUACCAGUACGCCGCGCACGCCGCCGUCGUCGCGCGCGCCGCCGCCGCUGCCAGCGCCGACGUGGAGAUCCUGACGGCGUGGAGCGAGGGCGCGGACGAGACUGAGGAGGAGAAGCCGCCGCCGGAGUUGGUCAUGACGGAAUUCAACGACACCUACCACUACCUGCUCGAGCUCGUCGACGCGGCGCUCUCUAAUGUCGAGCCGGGCGCGGGCACGUGCUGGCUGCAGCCGGGCUCGGAGGCGCGCGGGCUGGCGCGCGGCCUGCUGCUGCUGGUGGACGCGCUGCACGCGCUGGCCGCCGCCGCCGCCGCCGACGCCGCCGCCGCUGACCACUACAUACACAUCUUCCAGAAGGAGAAGUACACGGACAUGCUGCUGCCGAUAGUGCUGCGGCUGCUGCCCGCCGAGGUGUUCGCGCUCGCGCAGGACUGCAGCGAGUCCGCGCCGCCGCUGCCGCAGCGCUACCUCGACAUGUUCAACACCACCCCGGAGUUCACCAUAGAUGCGGCAGGCACGCUGGAGGCGACGGCGACGCUGACGGUGGACGGGCAGCAGCUGCAGCUGACGGUGCAGCUGGCGGCCGACCACCCGCUGACCAUGCCGCGCGUGGACGGGCCGCCCGCCGGGCCCGCCUCGCCCGCCGCGCCCACGCAGUGGCUGCUGCUCUACCUCGGCUACCAGAACGGGUCGGUGGUGUCGGCGCUGCGCAUGUGGGUGGAGGCGGUGACGGCGCGCGUGGCACGCUCGCCGCAGUGCUUCGUGUGCUACUGCCGCCUGCACCCCUCCUCCGGCCAGCUGCCGCGCAUGCAGUGCCGCCAGUGCAGGAACAGGUUCCACACGCCCUGCAUGGUACGUACACACCCGCACACCCUCGCACACUGUACAUGUACCGGCAGCUCGCCGCAGUGCUUCGUGUGCUACUGCCGCCUGCACCCCUCCUCCGGCCAGCUGCCGCGCAUGCAGUGCCGCCAGUGCAGGAACAGGUUCCACACGCCCUGCAUGGUACGUACACACCCGCACACCCUCGCACACUGUACAUGUACCGGCAGCUCGCCGCAGUGCUUCGUGUGCUACUGCCGCCUGCACCCCUCCUCCGGCCAGCUGCCGCGCAUGCAGUGCCGCCAGUGCAGGAACAGGUUCCACACGCCCUGCAUGGUACGUACACACCCGCACACCCUCGCACACUGUACAUGUACCGGCAGCUCGCCGCAGUGCUUCGUGUGCUACUGCCGCCUGCACCGCCAGUGCAGGAACAGGUUCCACACGCCCUGCAUGGUACGUACACACCCGCACACCCUCGCACACUGUACAUCCUCCGGCCAGCUGCCGCGCAUGCAGUGCCGCCAGUGCAGGAACAGGUUCCACACGCCCUGCAUGGUACGUACACACCCGCACACCCUCGCACACUGUACAUGUACCGGCAGCUCGCCGCAGUGCUUCGUGUGCUACUGCCGCCUGCACCCCUCCUCCGGCCAGUGCCGCGCAUGCAGUCCACACGCCCUGCAUGGUACGUACACACCCGCACACCCUCGCACACUGUACAUGUACCGGCAGCUCGCCGCAGUGCUUCGUGUGCUACUGCCGCCUGCACCCCUCCUCCGGCCAGCUGCCGCGCAUGCAGUGCCGCCAGUGCAGGAACAGGUUCCACACGCCCUGCAUGGUACGUACACACCCGCACACCCUCGCACACUGUACAUGGCAGCUCGCCGCAGUGCUCGUGUGCCGCAGUGCCGCGCAUUCGCCAGUGCAGGAACAGGUUCCACACGCUACGUACACACCCGCACACCCUGCACCCCUACAUCCGGCCAGCUGCCGCCUGCACCCUCCUCCGGCCAGCUGCCGCGCAUGCAGUGCCGCCAGUGCAGGAACAGGUUCCACACGCCCUGCAUGGUACGUACACACCCGCACACCCUCGCACACUGUACAUGUACCGGCAGCUCGCCGCAGUGCUUCGUGUGCUACUGCCGCCUGCACCCCUCCUCCGGCCAGCUGCCGCGCAUGCAGUGCCGCCAGUGCAGGAACAGGUUCCACACGCCCUGCAUGGUACGUACACACCCGCACACCCUCGCACACUGUACAUGUACCGGCAGCUCGCCGCAGUGCUUCGUGUGCUACUGCCGCCUGCACCCCUCCUCCGGCCAGCUGCCGCGCAUGCAGUGCCGCCAGUGCAGGAACAGGUUCCACACGCCCUGCAUGCGCAAGUGGUUCGCGACCAGCAGCAAGUCCAACUGUCCGCUGUGCCGCGCCGCCUUCUGAUCGCCGCCGCCACACCAGCAUUACUUGUAUGUUUUGUUCGUGUCCAAGUUUGAAAUGUAUAUUUAUUUUUUUAAAAUACCUGUAUAUUCUUCAUAUAUUAAUUUUGAUCAGUGUAAAAAUUUUAUUGUAAUUGAUGUUGGCCACAAAGCGACAGUGAUACGCUUCCUACCAUUUAACGCAAUCAAUGAGUUUUCCCAUCACCAAUCAUUUAUUUAUCUGUACAAAUAUGUAGGUAUAAUAAUAAAUAUUCCACAAUAUUUUUUUACUUUAAAUGAAUACUUAUUGUCUAAGAAGUUUUACGAUAAUUAAAUAUUAUAUAUUGACAUGUUUUAAAUUGC